AGAUUGAGACUCCAUCUCAAAACAAAAAAAAACUUAAAAAAAUAAUAGGUUUUCAUUUACUAAAUCAUUGGGUAGCCCCUUUGCUUUCUCUUAGUACAUAUGCCCUGAAACAAUAUAAUCAGUUACCUGGUUAUCUUUGUAGUCAAAACUGCUUUGAUUUUUUGACUGCCCUGUUUGGUUACAGCAUUUCUUCAAAUCAUUUUAUAGGCCAAAUAUUUAUUGGUUGCAGUGGGUCCUGCAGUAUAAUCUGUUCCAUUAUAAUCCUUACUGUAUUGGCAAAGAAGGUUUUAUGGUUUGUGAAUGAGAAAUAUGGUCAUCUUUUUUUCCCCCCCUGUUCUUAGCCCUUGGCGAAUUGUGGAUGACUGUGGUGGGGCCUUUACGAUGGGUACCAUUGGUGGUGGUAUCUUUCAAGCAAUCAAAGGUUUUCGCAAUUCUCCAGUGGGAGUAAACCACAGACUACGAGGGAGUUUGACAGCUAUUAAAACCAGGGCUCCACAGUUAGGAGGUAGCUUUGCUGUUUGGGGAGGGCUGUUUUCCAUGAUUGACUGUAGUAUGGUUCAAGUCAGAGGAAAGGAAGAUCCCUGGAACUCCAUCACAAGUGGUGCCUUAACGGGAGCCAUACUGGCAGCAAGAAAUGGACCAGUGGCCAUGGUUGGGUCAGCCGCAAUGGGUGGCAUUCUCCUAGCUUUAAUUGAAGGAGCUGGUAUCUUGUUGACAAGAUUUGCCUCUGCACAGUUUCCCAAUGGUCCUCAAUUUGCAGAAGACCCCUCCCAGUUGCCUUCAACUCAGUUACCUUCCUCACCUUUUGGAGACUAUCGACAAUAUCAGUAGGACUUCUUUCCUAGAAUUUCUUUAACAGAACGAGUUGUAGUUCGAGAAGGAUUUCAGAAGAUCAAGUUACAGUCUGUUUUUAAAACCAUAGGUGGGACAGCUAUGGCCAAUAGGCUAUAAAGAGACAUUUAGCACUUUUUUCUAUUUAAAGGAACAAGUGGGGAGGGGUGCUAAAAGAUAAUACGUUUAUUUAUUCACACUUGAAUUGCAUUUGUGAUCAAAAUAAAUGUUUAAAUCGCUAAAGGAAAAUACAGUAAGUGCUUGAAAGAUGAAGGACCAAAGGGCCAAAAAACAGUGAAAUAUGAUCAUCAUCUCCUUGGGGACUUCUCUGCCUGGUUUUGUGUGUUCUGUUGUUCAAACAAUAAAAAGCUGGUGGAACUUACUCUUUCUUUUAAGAUAAGUUGUAGACUUCGACGUUUCAUGCUCAUGUACUUCAAAUAAUGCAUGUUUUAUAGUUAGUCCCUCAUCACUUGAAGUGACUUAUGAGAAUUUAUGCAGAGUCAACAUAGAUCAUUUCACAGUGAGAUGCUUUAUGGAUUGAAGGAUAUGGUAAAAUAUUUAUACUUUACUUUGAAAGUAAAAUAUACUAUGUCUUGGUUUUGAGGAUAUUGGAUACAAAACUCAUUCCUUUAGGGCUACUGAAUCUUGAUUCCUGAUCAUCAGAAAUUUCACCAGAAACAACUUGCUUCCAGUAUACCCAAUUCUAUAUGAAAAAUUCAUGGAGAGUGUACUGGCACUGGAAGAGUUUAGUGUUUCUUGUGUGCUUGAAAAUAAAAUAUGUACUGUUUUGAAUGU